AUGAGCGUCAAAGUCCAAUCGGCCACGGACCCGGGCCUCACUCUGUCCAAGGACCGAUGUGAGCCUGGGUCCGUUAACAUCCCUGUGGCCAAGUGGCCCAAGACAGCCCAGACGACCUCGGUCGAUGCGAAUGCCGUGGCCAACAAAAUCGUCGACACAUUCAACAACGCUCUUGCCAACGGAGACACUCAGGCGAUUGCAGACUUGUUCCUAGACGACGGCUACUGGCGGGAUCACCUCGGUGUCUCUUGGGACCUGCGGACGCUGAAGGGGCCCAAGAAGAUUGCCGAGUUCCUCGCCGACGUCGGAUGUCCGUUGCAAAAGAUCGAGAUCGACCGAAGCUCCGCCUACCGCUCGCCCCAGCUGGGAGCCUUUGACGGCACCGGCGACGUCAAGGGGAUCCAGUUCUUCUUCAACUUUACCUCCAAGGUCGGCGCAGGCCAGGGUGUCGCUCGGCUGGCUGAGCGAGACGGACAAUGGAAGAUUUUCACUUUGUUCACAACCCUGCGUGAGCUCAAGGGCCACGAGGAAGCCGUUGGGCCCCGUCGGUCCAAGGGUGUCGAGCAUGGUGGCAAGCCGGAUCGCAAGAACUGGCUGGAGAGGAGACGGGCCGAAAUCAACUUUGAGAAUAAAGAGCCAACGGUGAUGAUUCUAGGUGCCGGCCAGGGCGGACUCACAGCAACAUCUCGGCUCAAGAUGCUCGGCGUUGAAACACUCGUGAUCGACAGUGAAGACCGAAUCGGCGACAACUGGCGACGCCGGUACCACCAGCUGGUCCUGCACGAUCCAGUCUGGUACGACCACAUGCCAUAUCUGCCAUUCCCCGAAUUCUGGCCCGUAUUCACGCCCAAGGACAAACUGGCGGAAUUCUUCGAGUCGUACGCGACACUGCUGGAGCUGAACGUAUGGGUCAAGACAACGCUGGAGUCUACGUCUUGGGACGACAACAAGCGACAAUGGACCGUGACCGUGAAGCGGACGAAACCCGACGGCACGACCGAGACUCGCACCCUGCACCCACGGCACAUCAUCCAAGCGACAGGCCACUCAGGCAAGAAGAAUUUCCCCUCGCACAUGAAGGGAAUCAACAACUUCAAGGGUGACCGUCUGUGCCACUCGUCCGAGUUCCCUGGCGCCCGACUAGACGGCAAAGGCAAGAAGGCCGUCGUGGUGGGAUCCUGCAAUUCAGGCCACGACAUCGCACAGGAUUUCUACGAAAAGGGCUACGAUGUGACCAUGGUGCAACGGUCGACGACGUGCGUCAUUUCCAGCGAGGCCAUUACGGAAAUCGGUCUCAAGGGAUUAUAUUCCGAAGGUGGACCUCCAGUGGACGAUGCCGACUUGUGGCUGCACAGCUUGCCUAGCGAAGUCCUCAAGGCACUACAGAUCAAGAUCACCGAGUUGCAAGAACAAUAUGACAAAAAGACGCUCGAUGGACUGGCCAAGGCCGGGUUUGGACUGGACAGAGGUCCAGAGGGUGCUGGUUUGUUUAUGAAGUAUUUCCAGCGCGGAGGCGGCUAUUAUAUCGAUGUCGGAUGUGCGCAGCUCAUUAUCGAUGGCAAGAUCAAGAUCAAGCAGGGCCAGGAAAUCGACGAGGUCCUCCCGCAUGGUCUGCGUUUCGCCGAUGGCUCCGAGCUCGAGGCCGAUGAAAUUAUCUUUGCCACUGGGUACCAAAACAUGCGCACCCAGGCCCGUGAGAUUUUCGGCGAUGAACUUGCUGAUCGUGUUGGCGAUAUCUGGGGCUAUAACCAGGAAGGAGAGAUGCGGACUAUCUGGCAGAAGACGGGCCAUCCGGGAUUCUGGUUCAUGGGUGGCAAUCUUGCGCUGUGCAGGUAUUAUUCGAAGAUCCUGGCCUUGCAGAUCAAGGCUAUUGAGGAGGGGCUGUUGAAGUAUAAUCCAUAA